GCGGUGGAACCCUCCUUUUCCUUUCAGGUCCGGCAGCCGGGAAGGAGAGUCGCCGCGAGUCCCGCGCCGAGUCUAGUUCGUUCCGAGGCACCGCGGCGCCAUGCCACAAAACGAGUACAUAGAGUUACAUCGGAAGCGAUAUGGUUAUCGUUUGGAUUACCAUGAGAGGAAGAGGAAGAAAGAGGGCCGUGAGGCUCAUGAACGCUCACAAAAAGCUAAGAAAAUGAUUGGACUGAAAGCUAAGCUUUAUCAUAAACAGCGCCAUGCAGAGAAGAUACAGAUGAAAAAGACUAUUAAGAUGCAUGAAAAAAGAAAUACCAAGCAGAAAAAUGAUGACAAGACCCCAGAAGGAGCUGUGCCAGCAUAUCUGCUGGACAGAGAGGGUCAGUCCCGAGCUAAAGUUCUCUCCAACAUGAUUAAACAGAAGCGAAAAGAGAAAGCUGGGAAAUGGGAGGUUCCUGUACCCAAGGUUCGUGCUCAGGGAGAAACAGAAGUGCUCAAGGUGAUCCGUACCGGAAAGAGAAAGAAGAAGGCUUGGAAGAGAAUGGUUACUAAAGUGUGUUUUGUUGGGGAUGGCUUUACCCGAAAGCCGCCUAAAUAUGAACGUUUCAUUCGGCCGAUGGGUUUACGAUUCAAGAAGGCCCAUGUAACACAUCCUGAACUUAAAGCCACUUUUUGCCUACCUAUUCUUGGUGUAAAAAAGAAUCCCUCUUCUCCUCUGUAUACAUCUUUGGGAGUAAUUACAAAAGGUACAGUCAUCGAGGUGAAUGUGAGUGAGCUUGGUCUCGUGACACAAGGAGGCAAGGUUGUCUGGGGAAAAUAUGCACAAGUAACCAACAAUCCAGAAAAUGAUGGGUGCAUUAAUGCAGUUCUGCUUGUCUAAGUGGCAUCUUACAGUCUUGGAUACACAGUUACUUUUCCAAGGAGAACCAUGACUUCCUCAAAACAUUUGCAGAUAA